UAUUCUUGGAAGGUUCUUACACUAUAUGUGAAGUGGCAUAAUAUUAGUAAAAGUGAGAUGCCGAUAAAUUAAAGAUAUAUAUUGCUGACCCUAGAACAAUGGCACAAAAAAAAAAAUUAAGAGGUUAUGAUGGUUAAGGUUGUGUGUCAACUUGGCUGAGCCAUGAUUCUCACUGGUUUGGCAGUUGUGAAUUUGGCCAUUAUGUAAUAAUGUAAUCACCCCCAUGAUGAGAUCUAAUAUAAUGUAAUCACCCCACAAUGAGAUCUAAUAUAAUAUAAUCACUCCCAUGAGGAGAUUUGAUAUAAUGCCAUCACCUCCAUGAUGAGAUCUGCUAUGAGGAGCCAAUCAGUUGAAAGGGGGAUUUUCAUAGGGGUGUGGCCUGCCUCCAGUAUAUAAACGGAUGUUCCAGCAAGGCUCAAUCUUGCUGUGGAUCCUGCAUUUGGUUCCUCACCGUCUGACCUUUGGCUUCUCUUCAACUUUGAGCCAGCCGCCUGCCAUACUGCCUGCCGAUCUUGCCUUUGUUGGCCCCUGCAGUUACAUGAGUCAGAAGCCUCCAGACUGAUGCCUACAAUCCCUUCUUUUUGAAGACACACUCUCCCUGUUGUUGGUUUGUGUUAACUUUGGGGGCAAGAGGAAGGACAGCAGGACUCCCCACAGGUCCAGCAUGCAUGUGGUGCACCCCCAGCAGCUGGGCAUGGUCACUGAGGCCAAGCUGAUGUCUGUGGGAAUGGACACCUUCAUCCACUGCAACGACUCUUUUGAGGUCAUUGACCAGCAGCGCCCUCAAAAGCCUGCCAAGCUCCUUGGCAAGUACCUGCUGGGGGACCUGCUGGGGGAGGGCUCCUAUGGCAAGGUGAAAGAGGUGCUGGACUUGGACACGCUGUGCCGGCGCGCCCUCAAGAUCGUCAAGAAGAAUAAGCUGCGGCGGAUCCCCGACGGGGUCGCCAACGUGGAGAAGGAGAUCCAGCUCUUGCGGCGGCUGCGGCACCGGAACGUCAUCCAGCUAGUGGAUGUGCUGCACAAUGAGAAGCAGAAGACGUAUAUGGUGAUGGAGUACUGCGCGUGCGACCUGCAGGAGAUGCUGGACAGUGUGCCAGAGAAGAGGUUCCCUGUGUGCCAGGCUCACGGGUACUUCUGCCAGCUCAUCGACGGGCUGGAGUACCUGCACAGCCAGGGCAUCGUGCACAAGGACAUCAAGCCCAGCAACUUGCUGCUCACCACAGGCGGCACGCUCAAGAUCUCCGACCUGGGCAUGGCAGAGGCUCUGCACCGGUUUGCCGAGGAUGACACGUGCCAGACCAGACAGGGCUCGCCAGCCUUCCAGCCGCCGGAGAUCUUGAACGGCCUGGACACCUUCUCCGGCUUCAAGGUGGACAUCUGGUCGGCAGGGGUCACGCUUUACAUCAUCACCACGGGCCUGUACCCUUUUGAUGGGGACAACAUCUACCAGCUGUUCCAGAACAUCAGGAAGUGGGACUACACGAUUCCAGGCGACUGUGGCCCGCUGCUGUCCCACCUGCUGAGAAGGAUGCUUGAGUACGAUCCUGCCCGGAGGCUCUCCAUCCAGCAGAUCCGGCAGCACGUCUGGUUUCAGAAGAGGCACCCACCGGCUGAGGGGCUGGUGCCCAUCCCUCCCCGCCCGGACACCGAGGACAGGUGGCGCAGCAUGACAGUAGUGCCCUACCUGGAAGAUCUGCAUGGCUGUGCCAGCGAUGCUGACAAGGAGGGCCUCUUCAACACUGAGGAUGCCAUCAUCUAUACUCAGGACUUCACUAUGCCUGGACAGGUCCUGGAGGUGGAGGCCGGUCAGAACCAGGGCUUGCCCAAGGCCCUGUGCAUGAAUGGCACCGAGGCAGCCCAGCGGAGCCCCAAGUCAAAGGCCAAGCGCCGCGCCAGCUUCUCCUCCAACCCUAUCAGCAGCAAGAUCCGCCGCCUGUCGCCCUACAAGCAGCAGUGAGGUCGCUGCCCCAAGUCUGUCUCCGGGAUCCCAGGCUUGGUGCCAUGUCCCAGCCCCUCCUCAGUCUUCCUACAGAGUCCUGGCUUGCUGCCGGCCUGCGAAGAACACAUCACGCCCUCCAU